UAGUUCAGCAGUGCAGCUAUAAAGAACAGACCCGUUACCGACACCAACACAUAUAGAGUAUGAGCCGAAUCUUACCGAAGAGAAACGAAGUUUAUCGAAGUCAAUAUAUGGUCUGUUCUUUGUAGCUGCACUGCUGAACUGGUGCAAUAAGCUAAAGUGAGAAAAUCUAUAUUUGUCUUACUUACUUUAACUUACUUUAACUUAUUGCACCAGUUCAACAGUGCAGCUACAAAGAACAGACCAAUAGUGAUCCCCUUUCCGCUAUUAUUACCGCUCCUCUCGUUUAAAUCAGUACUUUAGGCUCCAUCCAUGUAUUCUAUAGUCAAUGCAUUGUACCAUCACUUAUUAUAUCUUAUUAUAAAUUGAAAAUGUGAUUGGUCAUAAUUGAUGAUUUUUUUGGAAUAUUGACUGUAAUUGGUUAAUUUAUUUAUAACUAACGACUUGUAGGAAGCUCUUUAAAUGCUGUUUUCUCUUUAAGUUUCGGAAAUAUACAAUGGUUCUUCAAGAAAGAAUAGCCUAAAAGACGAGUAUCCAUAUUUUUUAUAUCUACGUUAUUUCUAUUAAGCAGUAUAAACCAAUUUUAUUAUAAACCAAUUAUGGAGAUUCAGCCACUGAAAAUAUCUGAAAAACCACCACCAUAUUCUAUUGCAACGGCUCCAGCAGUGAAUUCAUCAUGGCAACCACCUCCUGGAUACUAUGUUAACAAUACUGAAACUAAUAAUCAAGGAAAUUAUGUUCCAUCAUAUGGUGCUACACAUUCCACAACAGUAAUUGUUCCAGAAAUUAUUUUGGUUGGUGGCUGUCCUGCAUGCAGAGUAGGUGUGAUGGAAGAUGAUUAUACAUUUUUUGGUCUUCUUUGUGCAAUUCUCUUCUUUCCCAUUGGGCUGGUUUGCUGUAUGCUAUUGAAGACAAAACGUUGCUCAAAUUGUGGUGCUUAUUUUGGUUGAGUGAGAAUAAUAAUCGUCUAUACUUUCUAUAUCUAUAAAAAAUAAUUUCAUUUAAAAUAGAUUGGAAGUAAAAUAUAGAUGUUAAUAAUUCGUUAAUCAAUAUUGUAUGAUAUAAAUUAUGUUUAGUCAAAAUAAUAUAUUUUUAUAAUAGAACAUAUAUACAUAUAAAGAAGAUUUAAAAGAUAAAUAAAAAGAAUGAGAAUAAUAUAUCGAACUCAGGCAAUAAUAGUUAUAUCAGAUUAAAACAGCAGUUUCCAAAUUAUUUUUUCAUGCAAUGUACAAAAUUUGAAUAGAAUUUUGUGAAGCUGUAAUGUAGAAUAUAUUUUACCAGUUAUAUCUGACUUUAAUAAUGAUGUCAUUCUCAAUUAAUAAGUUGUCUUUUCUUAAUAAUAUAAUAU